AAAAAAAACCAAAUACUUGGUAAAAUAAUUCAGAUUCAGAAUCAGAUAGUCAAUCACCAUCAAUUAUAAGUUAUAACCAUGCCAGAACUUCCUACUUGGAUAAGAUCCCUUGAUGAUUCUCAUAGAACAAACAAAUUAAAGCCUUCUAUUAACAUCACAACUCCAGUUUCACAAAACCAAAUUAGGGAAUCUACAAAUUCUACAACUAGUCUUACGACUCCAGUGUUCAAAAAAGUCACAUCAAUUUUUACCACUCCAGUUCCACAGAAAUAUAAUAACGAUAAUAUUUCAAUUUCAGAAAACAAUUUGACACAAAUGAAUUUACUUGUUCAAGAUCAGUUACCAACAGAACAAAUUCUGACAAUUGUUUAUCACCACCAAUGUUUGAAUUUCAUAAUGAAGAAAAUGAACAGUAUCAGCCUUCAUCAUCCGGAGCCGUGGACUUGUCUCAUUCUACAAUACAUUUAUUACAACAGCAAAUUUUGUUAG